UUUUCUCUCAAUCUUAUCAGUAUUCGGCAAAACACUCCAAAGAAGGCUAAAGCAGAAGGAAAAUUUACUUCCUCCCCCAAAAUAUAGGCUUGUUGCCACACCAAUCCUGUCAGUAGUGCAAACGGGAGAUCAUCGUGAAUGGGAUUCUGUUUCUAUAAAUUUGUUUCUUUGCAUCUUCUUCUUCCUGCUUUUCCAUGGCUCCAUAUCUCUGCUUUCUUCUGAUUCUACAUAAAUUACCGAUCACUGGCAUUCACCUCCUCCUUAUUUUCCUCCAUUCUCUCUUAUAACUCUUCCUUCCUACCGGUUUUCCCCGGUUUCAAGAAAAAAAAACCCGAUUUUUCUUUCAUUUCGAAGGUGAAUCAGGGGGAAGAAGCUCGGAUAUUUGAUUUAAGAAGUUGUCUCAGUAAACAAAUAGGAAAUUUAAGGAAUGGCAUCAGUGCUUUUGUACCAUGUGGUUGGGGAUCUGACUGUAGGGAAGCCGGAGUUGGUUGAAUUCUCGGAAACAGAAACGGUGGAAGCAGCUAUAAGAGCAAUAGGAGAAUCAACAGAGUGUGGGAUACCAGUUUGGAAGAGGAUAUCUCAUGUGGGAAUGGUUGAAAAGAAUGAAAUGAGACAACAGAGGUUUGUUGGUAUUUUAACUUCACUUGAUAUUGUCUCCUUUUUAGCUAAAACUCAUUGUUUGGAAGAUCAAGAUAAAGCUAUGAAAACACAAGUUGCUGAUGUUGUUGUCCCUAAUAAUGCUCUCCUGAAGAUUGUUGAUCCUGCCACCAGAUUGAUAGAUGCUCUCGAGAUGAUGAAGCAGGGUGUGAGGCGACUUCUUGUUCCAAAGAGCAAGGUAUGGAAAGGCAUGAGCAAGAGAUUCUCAAUUCUUUAUAAUGGGAGGUGGCUCAAGAAUAAUGAAAAUUCUAGCAGCAGCAACCUCAUUGCUAUUGCCAACCGCCCUUCCUCUUCAUCCACCUCCACCUACAUGCGUGACAAGUUUUGCUGUCUCUCGAGAGAAGACAUUAUCCGUUUCCUCAUUGGUUGCCUUGGUGCUCUAGCUCCUCUUCCACUCUCCUCUAUUUCCUCGCUCGGAGCCAUUAACCUGGACUAUAGUUCUAUUGAAGCCUCCCUCCCAGCUUUAGAAGCAACUCAAAAGCAUCCCGGUGAUCCCAGUGCAGUUGCCGUUUUGGAGAUCACACCAGAUGGUCACCAUAAGAUUAUAGGAGAAAUCUCGGCCUCUAAACUAUGGAAAUGUGAUUAUUUAGCAGCUGCUUGGGCUUUAGCCAACCUAUCAGCGGGACAAUUUGUUAUGGGGGUUGAGGAUAAUGUGAGUUCGAGAUUGCUUCCCGAUGUUUCUGUUAAUUCUUCAGUUCAAGAUGAUAAAACAGCCAAUGGUGGUGGGUCAGCAAGGCUAAGGAGAUUCAGUAGUAGAAGCAUCGGGUUUAACCCAGUGAGCCCGAGUUUCGGUGUUGGCAGGAGCAUGUAUAGGGGCAGAAGUGCACCCUUGACAUGUAAAACUUCGAGUUCUUUAGCUGCGGUCAUGGCUCAAAUGCUGUCUCAUAGGGCAACCCACGUGUGGGUGACCGAGGAUGAUAAUGAUGAUGUUUUAGUCGGGGUGGUUGGUUACUCCGACAUUUUGGUUGCAGUGACCAAACUACCCGCCGCACUGAUUCCUUCAACUCCAUCUAUCACGGAGCUCACCUCGGAAAUUCAAAGUUGAGUUCCCCUCAUUCCCCCCUUGUUUACCGUUGUGUAUGUUUAUGAGCGUGUUUCCGUGUUAUUCUGAAUUUUAUUUCUACAAAAAAAAUGUUUGUAAUAAGAACGUGGCACGUUUCUUAUUCU